AUGUGCACCGCCAUCCCAAGGAGCGGUUGGCUCCUGGCAGUGGCGCUGCUGGCGCUUGCAGCCGGGAGCCAGGCGCAGCCAGGGGUCCAGCAACUGAACAGCCUGGCGCUGGACCUGUUUGACGAGAUCUACAGCCAGGACGAGUCCAAGAACAUCUUUUUCUCGCCGCUGAGCAUAGCCACUGCCUACUCCCUCCUCCACAUAGGAGCCGAGGGUGACACGAAGGAACAGCUGGAGUCGGUGUUUGGUUUUGGGGCGGAGGGCGUCUCAGGCGCCUUUCUGAAUCCGUAUUCUGGCUUGAUAACGGAAGACGAAUCAGAUGAUGUGGACGUGCUGCAGUCCAGCAUACUUUACAUUGAGGAAGGUUUUGCCUACAAACCUGCAUUCAAAAUUCGUCUGACCAAGAAUCCCACAUCGAGAGCUGCGGAAAAGGUGCCCUUCGCGACGGACCCAGAGGCUGCUCGAAAGGAGAUCAACAAAAAUGUCAGUACGCUCACGAUGGGGUACAUUGAGGACAUGCUGCCUGAGGGGUCUGUGGAUGAGUUGACUCGCAUGGUGGUGGUCAACGCAGUGUUCUUCAAAGGGGGAUGGAUGGAACCUUUUAAGAAGGAAGACACUGUGAAACUUCCGUUUGCGGCAUUUGACAAGAAGAAUGCCACAGUGGACAUGAUGAUACAGAAGGAAACAUGGCUGAGGCUCUCGCUGACAGGAUCGAUCCUUGACGCCCAGGUGCUGGAGCUGCCAUAUGGCAAUGGGGCGGCGAGCAUGGUUAUCAUCCUGCCCAGCAAGCCUGGCAGAAACGCGUUCCUGGAAGUGGCCGCGCAGCUGAGGGAAGUCGAUUUCACUGACCUCGUGAACAGCCUCCAGUCCACGAUGGUGAAUGUAUACCUGCCCAAAUUCGAGAUCGAGGCUUCGACUGACCUGGGGGCUGUGCUGCCACCGCUGGGCGUGACAGACCUGUUCCAACCAGACUCUUCAGACCUGUCCGGCAUGUCCGAUGCUGUGGGCCUGUACGUAUCCUCCUCUCUGCACAAGGCCCGGGUCAAGGUAGAUGAGAAGGGCACCACGGCUGCCGCUUCGACCGCUGCUGUUGCCAGGGCCACCAGCCUGGUGCUCCCCACAGAUUUCAGGGCAGAUCACCCCUUCAUGUACUUCAUAAUCGACGCCCAGAGCAAGGCCAUCAUGUUCAUGGGCAGCGUCCAGGGAUUGCCGAUGGGCCCUGUCUCUUGA